ACAGGUGUUUGUAACGACCUUCCCCCAACUCCCUCUGUAUCUUGUUUUCCCCCCUUUUUUUGAUCUUUCAUCACUUAUGUCAGGAACCCUGGUAAGGGUGCGGCUCACCACAUUUUCACUACAAAGGCCUCCCUCUCUCCUCCCUCUGGAGCCUGCUUAAAAAGGAUAAUGGAUUGAGAUUGAGGUAGCAAAGUAUGGGAAAUAAGUAUCCAGUGUCAAAUCCCUGAGUUCAAAUACCAACAUGCUGGGCGUUUCCAUGGUAAUAAAGAAGGGAAACAGUGACUAUUUGGAGAGGUACUGACAAACAAUGAAGAGACAUUCUAGAAGUCAAAUCACUGUGAUGCACGUGUUCUUAAUGUGUGUUCAGUGUGACACUACAGCAAGGUAUAUAUAAGCCAGAAUUUGAUUCUGCACAUUUCUAGACAACCUUGGUAGUCGACAGAAAGCUUUUUCAAGCAUUCAAGAGAAACAGAUAUCUAUUCAACUUCCUUUCGCUAUUAGCCAUGGCACAAUCAAGCUCUGUGAUCAUUUGUGAGAUUCCUCUGAUCACUUCUAAAACCCUGUGCCCACUGGUCCAGACCGCCUUAGAGAAGUUGAGCCCCACACAGUGGAGAUUAAUUGCAUCUUAAGAUUUAGACCCGCCGACCAUGUUUGUACUGGAGGAAACCUGCAUGAAAAUCGUCUAGUCUGUCUCUACAGUCAUCCUGAAUGCUGUGAUGCCUAAAGCCCAGCAGUACAUCACCAGCAGCAAGACACAGGAUGACUUAUCACCUGAUGUAUUCAGAGUUUCUGAGGAACGCAUCCACACCUUGCUGGGGGAUUCAAUUGCGCAGACCUUCAGCGAGAUUUUCCAGGUCCAGGGUCAGGCCUGCAUAUUUCUGGACAACCUCUCCCAGCUGGUUACUGAAGAGGUAGCACUGAAGGUUAAUUUCAUCCUUUCUGUGGCCAUCAAAACUCCUGUUUCUUCACUGCAGAAGCAAGCUUUUUUUGUUAGCAGCACCAUUUCAUGCAUCAGCACUUUGGAUGAUAUGGUAGUUUGCACAGCUGGAAUAUUAAGUCAAUGCUUUGCAGAGCUUGACAGCAAGUUGAAACAACACCUGUGCUUGGAAGGAUUUUCCAAGAAAACUAUAAUGGAAAGUGUGGAUGAAGAUAAGCCAAAGGCUGAAGCAGAGCCACAUGAGGAGAUGCUUGAAAUAGUGGUGCCUUUUCAUAUGUCAAAUUCACCACAUGAACCUCAAGAAGAGUUUGCAUCAGGUUUACCCACUUCCUCUGUGGAAGACAUCUAUCUGGACCAAGAUCUGCCAGAAACCCAGAAGUCGACUGUUUCUUCUCUAAGAGUGUUCAAGGAGAAGUUAAUGUCUGAUAGUUUUGUCUAUGCGGAUUCGAAAGCUGUGAGCUCCGUCCUUGCAAAGAAGUUCAUGAACAGCAACAAAUCUGGCUCCAGCUGUACUGAGAAUGCAUCAGAGACUAGUAAAAAGAGGUAAAAAGUAGUUAUCAAGGUUUUGCAGACGUUUUCCAAACAGCAUUGAAAAGGAAAACUUUGCAUAUGAUAUCAGCUCUGUCAUUAAUAUCUCAGGUAGUCUGAAAGUCACAAACGUCAUGCACUAUAAAUGAAAUUGCAUCAACUAAGGUUUGAGCUCAUUUGUCAAAAAGUUAAUUAUUAUUGUGUCUAAAUCUAAGUUUAACUGCAUACUGAAAUGAAUGCAUCAAUAUUACAUCAACAAAGCAACCUUUACACUAAACAACCCAGGGUGUAUACAGGAUGCAAUGUCUGCAGUAAAAAAAUGAGUAAGAGAAGCUAAGGCUCAAUGUUCAAUUUUACUCAGAACUGUGUUUGAAUUCUGGGGCAUCACCCCCACAAAACUUGAACAUUUUGUUAGCAUCAACCCAUCGACCCCGGAUCAUAUCCUAACCUUGCUCUAUUGCCCCAACAGGCCCAACCCAUGCAGGCUCAUAACAUUGCUUCAGGCCAUGUCAGUGAUGAAUUAUUAAAAAUGAGUGGUAUUGCACAUGAAAUUAAUAUUCAGACAUUUUCUAUUUUCCCCUGUCAGCUCUCUCUCCCCCUCUCUCUCCCUCUUGCUGGCUAUCUGUUAUUUUGGUAAUGAUCUGUAUUCCUGAGGCAUUAGGUUGGUCAGAGCUGGUGCCCACUGGUGCAACGUGCCACGCAUGCUGAGUGAUUCCAGACUGGGCUGCUCUGUUAUUUCUUAUCCCCUGCUUUACUGGCAGGUGAUUUCUCUCUCUUUCUGCAACUUCAAAUAUCCUCCACUCCAUCUGAAAUCACAUCUGCUCUUUUCAUUACUUACUUCACAUUCCUACAGUUGUUCUAACUGGUCAGGUUAUAUGAUACUUGCACUGCACGCUCCAGCCCAUCAAGCAUUUAGAGGAAGACACAGCUCAGCAGUAAGCACAGUUCAGUGACUCAAUAAAUUAUGCAUCAAAAACACAUCUAUUAGAAUUACACUUGUGAGGUUUCAGUGAGAGCUGCAUGUCUUGAAUUUCAAACAGAAUGGCUCCCCCUAGUGGCACAGACCGUUAUUAAGUCUAGUUGGAUAAUGAUAAUAAAUAUGAAAACCUUGCACUUUUCAGGUUUCUCUGUAAAGUAGAACCUUAUGACACAACUGCACAGACUAACUCACAGUUUAUUUCCACUUGCACUCUCUCUGAUUUUGCAAUACUGCACUGAAUCAACAGUUCACAGUCAGCUCUUGGGCAUUAAACAGGUGCUUUAAAUAAAAAAAGGAAUGUACCAUUGAGAACAAUUGUCUUCAAAAUAUAUCAUGCAGUGUAUUUCUUUCCAUGUAACUACACUGCCUGUGUUACUGUGUCAACCUAAAACACCCCAGCUUCACACAUUAUAAAUUAUUCAGGCUUGAUGCUGCAAACAGAGCAGCAUUUCUGUCUUUGCACUGUGCCUGCAGGGCUCCAUCCAUACACAGCCCUUUUCUUGAAAUGAGCAGUGUUACAGUAGGCCAUUUGAGGGUAAGAGCGUGCAUGUAUCUCCAUGCAAAAGGCAAAAAAUAAAAAAUAUUGUAUACCUUUGCAGUAGCAAGUGUGCAAAAGAAGCUGAUUAUUGGCAGGUUUUUGAUUAUAUAAUGUUUUUUUUGGUAUACUCUGCCAUCUCUGUACACGCUGAUGUCUGGUUUGUUCACUAGACUCACACAUUUCACAAUAGUUUUUUUUCUCUUUUUUUGUCAUAAUGAAGGGUUGUGUGGGCAGUUUAGUAGGGAGCUUUCUGUACUUUGCUUAGUCAAGAUUUCAACUUUUCAAUCCUGCUAAGAUUUGCCAGUGCCUGCUGGAAAGAAAAAGCUGAUUUUAUUCACUUUUGCUAAUUGUUUUUUUUUUUUUUGUAGUAUGUUAAAUUCCCAGAGCCUUUCUGGUGGUCUGAAGUUUCUGUCUUGGCAGGAUGUUGUAGAAAACUCUUCUUUUGGCAGGACCAUUUGGUGAAGUAAAGAUUGAAAAACUGUCUGUGUGUUUUUCAGUCUGCCCACAUCCUUGGAGUGUUUGUAGAUCAAGGGAGCUGCUAAUCAAAAAAUACGAUCUUUACUGACAGCCACACAUUAAAAAUAUGCGUUAUCAAUUAGCUACAUUUAAAAAAGAGGAAAACCAAACAUCAGAACUAGUGUGUGGGUGAAAGUGGGAGUGCAGAAGACAAAUCUGGAAACCUUCUUAUAGUCGAACACGAUGUGCAUGAAAAAAAGACAGUCAGCUUUGAAUGCUGCGAGCCUGAAUUCUGCUGUUUGUCAGGUCUGAGCUGGCAGGAACACUGUUGACAGUUGGGCCGUGGGAAUGGCAGCCAGGAGGCUGCAUCUGUGAGAUUUUCCACUUGUAUAAGACAGAAUGAACUAUUUCUGUCAUUUUGAGCAAAGUGCAGAAAGACUGAAAUAAUACGAGCCAGAAAACGGAUUUCCACAGGAUUUUCCAUCAACUCCAAACUCUGCAAUUCUGCCAAAUCAGAAUGAAUUUUAUGAAUAUUUGUUGUGACAGACAAAUGAGGUGGCAGGACUAUUAAGCAUUAAUUUUAUCGAAAUUAUUUUUCAUAGUCCUGUAUUUGAAAAAUGGACUGGUAAAAAAAAAAAACUUAAGAGUUGAUUCACUGCAUCCACUCAUUUGCACUUAAUUCACAAAACAGAAGCUUUUGCAUGUUAUAAAUGAUCAGAAGUAAAGAAGUUGAACACUAUAUGAAAUGAAUAUCAAUUAAUAAUAACAGGAAGAAAAGGGUGAAACUUCACUUUAAAGUAUAUCAUAAACUUUAGAAUUAUAUAUCUGAAACUGUGCCAAAACAACACUGCUUGUAUUGUAAGACUUAAGACCUUGAUAUUCGAACAUGAUGUAUGGCACAAACAGUAUACUGUUCCAGGAAGCUGUCAUGUCAUUGAUUUGUCCUGCAAAAAUGCAAAAUACUCAUACUCUCCACAGCCAAGUUCAAUACAACAGUUCUGAUAGGACCUCUAAGGAAUCUUUGUGUAUCAUAACAUGGGAAUUGCACACAUGACUUAUUAAACUGAAAAAAAUAAAAUAAAUUAUAAACAAGCUACUUAUUUACACACCUUUAUCCUACAAAUAAAUUUUUCAGCUCACGACAUUUAUUCCUUAGUCUGAUGUUUUAGAUGCUCUUGCCACUAUCUGCAGCAGGAGUGUGAAACUGACGUCUGCUAGUCUGAAUUGAUUGUGUUUUGCAACAGUAGUCUAGAUAAAAUCCAAACUCCUACUACCUCUGUAAAUAAAACUCUUUGUCCUUUUCUCUUUCCAAUUCACACCAUUCACAAUGAUGUGUACGUACACCUUGACAGAAGAAUAACACCACUAUUACACUUUCACUUCGUUGUGUUUUUUGACACUUAGUAUCAAUUCUUAUUACCCGGUAGCUACAAAACUAUGCUGUUUAAGUCCACUGCAUGUGCACGGAAGUAGACUGCAUUCUUUGGAUAGUCUCCAUCUCAGGUAUACUGCCAGUUGAUGCAAUUUGUUGCAACCACCUAAGCAAUAGUUUAGAUAGUGCACUUGAGGUUUGUUAUUCUACAAUAUUAAAUCCUUAUUAUUUUGUUCCCCUUAAUAGAGCUGAAAUAGUUCUAGGUAUAUUCUGCAGUCUUAAUAAACAAUGCUUUUUAAAUGUCAUACUGCUGUUGCCUUAUGUGUUUUUGGCACGGGAUCUGGUGCGUUUUUUCCUGAUAUAUCACACAAGACUGCAUUAGAUUCCAAGCAGUUACAUCACUGUCGCUUUUGGAGCACAGAUGCGUAAAAUGUCAACACCGCCAGCAUCACACAGCUAUAUCAUGGCAUUAAUAACAGUUUCACAGGAUCUGUAUGACAGCAAGCUGACGGCUAUUAUGCAGCAGGGAGUCUUAUCAUGUCAUCUACACAAAGACAACACACAAAGCUCAUAGCUUCAGAACAGGAGUAACAACCUUUGAAUUAGUAAUAUUUGCUAUUAGUUAUUGGAGACUUAAUCCAAGUAUUCUAUUAAUGUGGAGAACAACAGGACUCUCCUGUGUGUUAUAAGCAAAAUCUUGCAUCCAAAGGAUUGAGGUGAACCCAUAACACAGAAUGGGCUUUUGAAACACUAAAAGUCUGCUUUUAUAAUACAGAUAUGAUAAAUAUAAUCUGUCAAGUAGAAAUGAGGGGAUCUUAAUAUCACUAUACUCUGCCUUGGUUUGUUAGAGGGAUAUUCUAAUGUAAAAUUAAUUUAGGGUCAAACACACCGUAACACCGAGUUAGACACCCCCUUGAGAGAUGAAUGUUGCCGACCGCUUGCUUCUCUAGUUUAACCAACUUUAGUAAUGACCGCAGGAUAGCAAUACACAGUGGUCUAAGGAGCCAUACACAAACCUCAACCAAAAAACCACUCUAUAGCCACAAAUAAGCCACAAAUGAGCUGAGUUACUCUGUAGCAGUCCGUAAUGGACUGGCCCUGAAGUCUCGCUACAAACAAGCGGCUGCUGGAAGAGUGUAGGUGAGUUGUGUUUAGUCUCUUUGCUAAAGAAAUUAGGCAAAGCUAAAAAGAUGUUUGAUGGCUAGUGCUGUGGCUAGGAUCCUAUAUGAACUGUUGAUGAAGUUAGCUGCUGUUCUGAGCAUUAUUUGUGGCUAUAGAGUGGAGUUUUGGUUGAGGUUUGUGUUUGGCUCCUGAGACUGCUGUGUAUUGCUGUCGUACGGUCAUUACUAAAGUUGGUAUAACUAGAGAAGCAAGCAGUUGGCAACAUUCAUCUCAUGAAGGGGGUGUCUAACUUGGUGUUACGGUAUGUUUCACCCUAAAUAAAUUUUACACUGGAGUAUCCCUUUAAGCUUUAUAUUGUGGCAUUGUCUUUUACUCAACUCCACAUUAUGGGUAUAGGAGACAGUCACACAUUGUACUUCAGGUGACCAUAUUUU